ACAUUUCGCUCAGUCGUCGACUCCUGUUAAUAAAAGCAAAACUGCAGAAACGCAAAAAGGCGGAACAAUUUUGAGCCAAGCGAAGAGAAAAAGUGUUUGCAUAUUCCUCUGCAACAAAGAUUAUAUUCCACGAAAUUGUGCAACAAAUUGAACCAAAAGCAACAACCGAAGAGCCCAUCGCAGGGCUUUGUUUGUGUCUGUGUGUGUGGUGAGCGAGAGUCAGGAACAGUUAGUUGUACAGUUGCAAAGUUGCCAGCAUCAGCUGCGUAGUAGCCCAGAAAAACACACGCGCUAACCAACCGUUAAUUAGUUUUGCCCCUCACCGCUGAAUCUUUAAUUCGAGGACAGUCCGGGGACUCGGUCCUAAUUAAGCCUGGGACUUGCCAACCACGCAGCAGCAGCGGAAGGGCGAAGUUGGAGGAUGCAUUACCUGGUUGAGGCCGCAGCCGAAAGGAGGUGCCACAACUCGUAAAUAUUUUGAAGAUUAUCUACGGAGAAUGCUUGAAUAAAGCAAGCAAAAUAUACGCAAAAUAAGAAUUAACUAACAAAAAUCGAUCAUGUCAUCAAAUCAUCUCUACAUGGACAAAUCGAAUGGCAAUGGCGUCUAUGCGGUCAAGCCGAACAGCAGCCAAACGGAAAACGAUAAUGGGAGCAUGAUGGGCGCAGGUGUUGCCCCAACCACAACCACAACAGCAGCAGCAGCAGCAGCUGGUGGUGGGUUGGCAGCAGGCUGUCCGACAACGUUGGCCACAGCAAAUAACAUAAACAUAAUGAAUGGAGCCGCCGCUGCAGCAGCUGCAUCAGCGUCCACUCUGCCAACUUCCGCUUCCAGCGAGGACCUCAGUCAGAGCCUGUCCGAGUACACAGAUGCGGAUGAGAGCAUAUCCGCACCCACAGAGUUUCUCGCCGAGUUCCUGUCCGCCGUCAUGCUCAAGGACUACAAAAAGGCAUUGAAAUAUUGCAAAUUGAUUCUCCAAUACGAGCCCAACAAUGGCACGGCCAAGGAGUUUUAUCCGCUCAUCCUGGACAAGCUGCGGGGAGUGGCCACAUCCAGUGACAGCGAUGAGAACUACAAUAAAUCUUCAUCACCCGAACUGGCCCUGGACCUGCGUGAAUCUGAUGCUGAAUGUGAUGGCGAUGGCAGUGACAGCAGCCACAACUGCUCCGAGGAGGACAACGGCUGGGGUGACGAUGAGAUUGACAAUGUGGAUGUGGAGGGCGAGGAGGAGAGCAGCAGCAGUGGCGAUGAUUAUGAGCUGCCGAUCGACGAGCAGCAGGAUCUGGCUGCUGUCGAUGGCCUGGCUGUGCCGCACUCCCACUCUCAUUCCCAUAGCCACAAUGACUCGGGCUCCUCGCGCAACUCAUCGAGCGGUGGAGGCGGACGCAGCGACAACACCACGCACUCCUAUUCGAGUCUGCUGCUGGAGGAGGAGGAUGACAUUGUGCCAGUCAAUCUGAGCUUUGGCCUGAAGGAUACCACGGUUACGGAUUUGGAUGUGAGCAAUGGCAACAAGGUGCCCUCCGCUUCGUGCAGCGACUCGGAGUCACCCACAGAACCACUGACACAGCGACUGGCGGCCAUACUGCGCUCCAAAUGCGGCGUGUCCUCCGGCGGCAAUGAAGAUCCCUACUGAGUGAAACCCAAAACUAAGCUGAGCAACACACUCGAAGGUACCAAAGAUUGGAGAUGGGUCUGUGCUCUAUCUACACACAUAUAUUCUUGUAUACUCGAAACCCUUUUCGCCCCGCUAGUCUCUCCACUAGUGUGACCGCUUUACGAACCUAGAAACCGUCCCUAACACACACCUAUAAUGCAUCUAGUAACUUGUAACUUGUAACUUGUAACUUGUAUCUUCUCCAUUUGCAAUGUUUUCUCUUCUCCCUAGGACAAACAUAUCGUACAAACUCAAAGAAGUACUUAUAUACAUUAAAACCUAUAUAUAAAUAUAUAUAUAUUAUUAUAUAAACUUUAUAUGUUUAGCCCUAGGACAUAGUUACAGCUCGACUACAGCUGCAGAGCAACCCAAUAAAGAAAGAUAAAUGUACUCGAUAUCAUAAGAUACAUAGGUGACUAUACACACACAGAUACAAGUACCAUAUAUACAGACAUAUAUAGUAUAUAUAGAUAUAGUCAUAUAUAUUUUAGUAAGACACCCAUUCAGUACGCACGGGACAUGGAAUGCUUUACUCGUACAAUUUGCAUUUGAUAGAGAUCGAUUUUUUUCCCCAGACAUAGAGACACAGUUCUCUGACGGUGGCGCAUAAGGAUAAGUCUGACAUGAGAUGAAAGAACAGCGAACAGAGAACGAACGAAUGUAGAACUAUAACUGAAAUGGUCCAAAGUCAAAGAAAAACAAAAAACUACGUAGAUGAUUGUACAUAAAUACAUACAAUACAUAAUCGUACAUACAUUUACAUAUAUUUUACAUUGUCUGCAAAGUAAAACCAGUCUAUAUUCGUUCGAUUCGGUUCGAUAAGUUGAUGCGGGAUGUAACUCUAAAACUUCCCCCUAUUAUAUCCUACUCAAACCCCUUCAUUUCUUGCACAAAAUAAUUAUAACUCAUUCAUACAAGGCUAAGUUUUUCCUAUAUGUAUUGUUGAAUUAUAUAACCCAAAUGGUCUGUAUUUACUACUAAAUGUACAUGUAUACUCGUAUUGGAAGAAAAAUUGUAAUAAAAAAACGAAGGAACGAAAGCUGGAAAAAGAUUUGAC